AGUGAUAGAAACCACCUUCUGAAAGAAGCAGAGAUACUGCACAAAGCCAGAUUCAGUUAUAUCCUGCCAAUUUUAGGAAUUUGCAAUGAGCCUGAAUUUCUGGGGAUAGUAACAGAGUACAUGACCAAUGGAUCAUUAAACCAGCUUUUACACGGGAAGGAUGUGUAUCCUGACAUUCCCUGGUGCCUGAGAUUCCGAAUCCUGUAUGAAAUUGCUUUGGGAGUAAACUAUUUGCACAACAUGAAUCCUCCAUUGCUGCACCACGACUUGAAGACCCAGAAUAUUUUACUGGAUGAUGAGUUUCAUGUUAAGAUUGCAGAUUUUGGCUUGUCAAAAUGGCGUGUGGUGUCUAUGUCACAAUCACGCAGUGAAAUGUCCUUGCCAGAAGGAGGGACGAUUAUCUACAUGCCACCUGAAAAUUACACCCCCAGCCAGAAAACACGUGCGAGUGUAAAACAUGAUAUCUACAGCUAUGCAAUUAUUAUGUGGGAAGUGAUGGCAAGGAAACAACCUUUCGAAGAAGUUAUAAACCCCUUGCAGAUAAUGUAUAGUGUGUCACAAGGACAGCGGCUAGAUUUAAGUGAAGAAAGUUUGUCAGUGGACAUUCCUCAUCGAGCGCUCGUCACAAGACUGAUAGCAAGUGGAUGGGCACAAAACCCAGAUGAGAGACCAUCAUUCUUAAAAUGUUUGAUAGACCUUGAACCAGUCCUGAGAACAUUUGAUGAAAUAGCUAUGCUGGAAGCAGUAAUUCUGCUAAAGAGAUCAAAGUCCCUGUAUGAAUCACGGUGUAUUCACAAGAGUGGAAAGAAAACUAAUGCAGAUCAGACAUUUCUAAAUAUACCCCUGAAUCCUAAUCCACAAGAGGAAAUGCAUUCUGCUUCCAUACAAUAUGAUGGACUUCCUCUUCAGAGCAUCCCUCCAGAUGUAUCAACAUACAAGUCUGUUCCCAAGUACAAUAUCCUCUCAUCAGAUGGAAAUUCAGGAGAUCUUCACUCCCUCAGCAAUCAGAGCAUGGAUGAAAAUAUUUCUGUUACCCAAAGCGCUAAACUUCUCGUGCAUCCGUACACGGAUUCGUUUACAUGUUCUCCUUCAUCUGACAGGAGUAUUUCAAGUGCCUCGAAUUCUGCUCCGUGCAUGCUGCGCUCAUCACCAACUCCCCCAGAUUUUGUUUUGGAAGCCAUGCAACCUAAUGUAGCUCACCAAUGGAUCCAAAGUAAAAGAGAAGAAAUUAUUGAUCAGAUGACCGAAGCAUGUUUGAAUCAGUCACUAGAUGCUCUUCUAUCAAGAUUUUUACUCAUGAAAGAAGACUAUGAACUUAUAAGUACCAAACCUACAAGGACAUCAAAAGUCCGACAACUGCUUGAUACCUCAGAUAGCCAAGGAGAAGAAUUUGCCAGAAUUAUAAUACAAAAGUUGAAAGAUAACAAGCAGUUAGGACUUCAGCCUUAUCCAGACAUUGUACCUACUUCUCUGAGACUGCAUCUUUGAAUUUAUUGCUUCUAUAUGAAGCUGUGUGAAUAUUUCUUACAAGAAGGAUUCUUGUUUCUCUAUGGUAGUUUUAUAUCUGUGCUGCUUUGU